AUGCCGAUAAAGUUGAUUAAGUCCAAGGUUAUGGGGACCGUGAAAAAGACGAAGAAAAUCGGAGAAGAUGACCCGAGAAGAAUUGUGCACUCCGUUAAGGUUGGAUUAGCUCUCACGUUAGCUUCUUUGUUCUACUACUUGAGGCCUCUUUACGAUGGUUUUGGACAAGCUGGAAUGUGGGCUAUCUUAACUGUUGUCGUUGUCUUCGAAUUUACUGUUGGUGGAACACUAUCAAAAUGUAUAAACAGAGGUGUUGCAACAUUGUUGGCUGGUGCUUUAGGGCUUGGAGCCGAGUACCUGGCCGACCUCUGCGGCGACAAAGGAGAGCCGAUUGUUCUUGGCCUUUUCGUCUUUCUUCUCGCUGCAGCAUCGACUUUUACGCGAUUCAUCCCACACAUAAAAACAAAGUACGAUUAUGGGGUGCUAAUAUUCAUACUCACUUUCAGCCUGGUUGCCGUUUCGGGUUAUCGGGUCACCCAGAUUUUGCAGCUUGCCCAUCAAAGGCUAUCCACAAUUCUCAUGGGCGGGGCGAUGUGCGUUAUAAUAUCCAUAUUCGUUUGCCCGGUCUGGGCGGGUCAAGAUUUGCACAAUCUCGUUGCCGGAAAUAUUGGAAAACUCGCCACCUUCUUAGAAGGGUUUGGAGGUGAAUCUUUUACUUCUCAAGGGGAUGAUGGUGACAAGGACAAGCUAUUUCUUCAUCUCCACAAAAGUGUGCUCAACUCAAAAGCAACUGAGGAAUCCUUGGCAAACCUGGCACAGUGGGAACCUUGUCAUGGCCGCUUUAUAUUUCGUCAUCCAUGGAAACAAUAUCUUAAAAUUGGAACAUUUUCCAGAGAAUGUGCCUGUCUAAUCGAAACACUUACCGGAUGCAUAAACUCGAAACCUCAGGAAGCUGCACCAUCAGAAAUCGAACUGCAAAUCCAACCCGCAUUCCGAAAAUUGAGCACCGAAUCGGGCAAGGCACUGAAAGAAUUAGCCUCUGCAAUAAAAAACAUGACGUUUCCAUCAUCAGCUGUAAUUGAAAACCACUUAAAUAAUUCCAAAUCGGCAGCCGAAGAUCUCAAAACCAUGCUCGAUAACUUUUCGUUAUCGCCCAACGGAAAGCCAGACAUCCAAGAAAUCAUGACGUUGCUUGUCAUUGCAUCCCUACUCACAGACAUCAUUAAUUGCGUCGAAAAAAUCUCAAUUUCCGUCAAUGAACUUUCCGAAAAGGCGCGUUUUAGGAAAGAAAAUUCAACUGACAAUAAACAGCAACGACUGAUUCAUUGUGGUGUUGUGAACCCGGUCGAUGAUGAUGAGCGUACGGUUGUUAUAGAGAUUAAGGAGACAACUUUGGGGGAUUUAAUACUUAAAGACAAGCAUUAG